AUGGCGUCUUCAAGAAAACGUACCCUCAACGUUAUUCAAGUAUCUGAUGAUUCAGAUACUUCAAGUGUUGAUUAUAUAGAAAGUGAAUUUUCUAAAACAAAACGAAAUAGACAAACACGUAGCAAAAGAUACUCAGAAACAUCAAUAUCUAGUUCAAGGUCAAAUAAUUGUCUUAAUAAAAAUGCACAAAUGGCGCGUGAAAAUCGUAUUAGAAAAAAAAUGUAUGUUGAAAAUUUGGAAAAUGAUAUACAAAGAUUUAAAAAAGAAAAUGAAAUUAUGCAAACAAAAUUGGAAAAUAAAGAUUCCAUUAUAAACGAAUUAAAGCUUGAAGUUAAAUAUUUGAAAAGUAUCUUAUCAAAUUCCAAAGAAAUUGGAUUGUUACUCAAUAAUAUUACACGCAGUUCAGGGCUACCAGUGACGACAUCACUUAAAGCACGUGAAAAUUUAUUAGAUACUAUAUGGAAUGAAUCUGAUUCAACAAUGUUUCAAACAGAAUCGAAUUCUAUUUAUUGUAAUGAUUUAUUUCCUGAAACCCUGACAUCAUUUGAUAGUGUGUUCGAUUUAAGUUUGGAAGAACCUCAAACAGAAAUAUUAUCACCUACUUUAUCAGAUCAUAGAUACUCGUCAGAUACUCAGGUUUCCGAAGAUGAUGUUGGUGUUUGUUUGCAUGUGUCUGGAAAAAGAGUAGCUCUUGAAUUUUGUUCAAAAUGUAAUUCAAAUGCUCAAGAUGCUUGGAAACGUGAAAAAAAAGAUUUAUUAAAUGCCACAAUGAACAGUUCUUUAAAGGCUUUGUAA